CUUCAACUAGUUAGAAUCGGUCUUUCAACUUGUUAGCCUCAAUUAUCCAUUCUAUUAUCAAUAUUUUUCAUUCUUAAAGCGUUUUUUCCUAUUUUUAUUAUAAAAAGUAAAAUUUACUUGUAUUUUUUUUGAACAACGUAUAAGAGUGGGUCGACUCACCCCGCCCCGUACCGGCACGAGUUUUACCCGCCCGACCUAUAGUAGUGUAGGACGGACCAUGGGAAUUAAGUUGCCCGCCCCGCAACAUUGCCAUCACUACUACUAGCGCGUCCUUAUGGAUUUCGCUGCUUUACGGUAACAUCCACUCUAUCAUUCUAUCACAAACAAUGGCGGCAGCUCUGAAGACAAUUACAACGCUGCCUCUCUUCUCAGUUCACGACCCUUUACCUCUUCCUUCCUCUUCUCGCCCUUCAAACAUUCAAUCCACUCCCAGACCGCUUCUUUCCCCUCCGUCAAUUAAACACUCCACCACCAGUUCCCUUUCCCUUCGCCGGAGCGGCCCAAUAAUUCCAAUCACAGCAGUCAAUCUCCCAACAUCGAGAGACCGGCGCCGGAGACCUCUCUGUUUAGUGCAAGAAGCGGCAGUGGAGACCGAGACUGAAACCGAAUCAGAGCAAACCCAGGCGGUGAACCAGAAGAGGAAGCUCUUCGUGCUCAAUUUGCCAUGGUCUCUAACCGUUGUGGACAUUAAAGAGCUCUUCGGCCAGUGCGGCACUGUCGCGGAUGUUGAGAUUAUAAAGCGAGCCAAUGGAAAGAGCAAGGGUUAUGCUUUUGUAACAAUGGCUUCUGGAGAGGAAGCUCAGGCUGUUGUAGAUAAAUUCCACUCUCAGGAUGUGUCUGGGAGAAUUGUUACAGUGGAGUUUGCUAAUGGACUUAAGAGGAAGCUUUCUCCAACGGAGACCCUUACUAGUAAAGAGACAUCUCACAAGCUUUACGCGUCAAACCUGGCCUGGAAAGUCAGAGGCAGCCAUCUCAGAGAGCUUUUCUCUGCUGAGUUCAAUCCGGUUUCAAGUCGAGUUGUUUUUCAAAGUAAUCCUGGAGGGAAGUCAGCUGGAUAUGGGUUCGUCUCGUUUGCUUCGAGGGAAGAGGCAGAGGCUGCACUCGCAGCUAUGGAUGGCAAGGAGCUCAUGGGUCGACCUAUUCGCCUGAAAUUCAGCAAUCCGAAAUCAGCUGAUGAGUCAGAAAGCCAGGAGCAAGAGACGGAGAGCUUGGAGGAGCAACCGAAGGUGGAGAACAACUCGGAGGAGCAACCUGUGGAUACAGUAUGAAUAUGGUUGUCCGUUUGGGAACAGUAAAACAGAAUUUUGAUGCAGUGGCCAAGUGUGGAAAGGAUUCAAGGCAUUUUCUGUGUGCCCUUGCUCCCAUUUUCUCUUUUACAUGGUGAGUUUUCCAAGCUAACACCUAUACUUCCACUCUUCUUUUCAUCCUGCUGUUACGAUGCUUGACCACAUAAGAACUUUUGGCGGAGUGGAGCUCACACUCCCAGUUUUCUCGUUUACGUUUAUAUAGCCAAAACUGCAUAACGGAAUACAGAUGUUUAGUGUAAGAAAAAGGCAGGGGCGGAGGCAGCUCUGGUGUAUUGGGUGAAUCGUUGGCAAAGUUGUCAAAUCGGUUUAUAUCAUUGCGUCGGUUUUGUAAAUGAAAUGAUUCUUUCGAUAGUACGACUUGUUUGUGUCCGUUCACGGCGUGAACGGGUUGCUGGAUGGUAGUCUUGCAAGAUAGUGUUGGCCUUAAUAAAAUUUCCCUUCUUACCCCAAGGUUUCAUGACAUUAAGAAAUUACACGGAACAAU